AUGACCAGUAAUGUGACCAAUAAAAAUGACCCCAAGUCCAUCAACUCCAGAGUCUUCAUUGGUAACCUAAAUACAGCCAUUGUGAAGAAGGCAGAUGUGGAGGCCAUCUUUGGGAAGUACGGCAAGAUAGUGGGGUGCUCUGUACACAAAGGAUACGCGUUUGUGCAGUACGUGUUUGAACGGAAUGCCAGAGCAGCAGUGGCAGGGGAGCACAACAGGAUAGUGGCUGGGCAGCCAUUGGACUGCUUCCCACCGCGCAUCCGCCUCCAGCCAGGGGGCAGAGAUGCUCUGGACUGGCGGCACCUCUAUCGUCUUCAGUGCCACUCUGCAAUCAGCUGGCGGGACCUGCGGCUUGAGCAGGAUAUAAACAUGGCUGGGGAACCCAAACCAUAUCGACCCAAAGCAGGACAGAAACGACCCAUCAGCGCGUUGUAUGGAAGUGGCUAUGACUUUGACUACGACUAUUACAGAGACGGAUUCUAUGACAGGAUGUACGACUACCACAGAGUCCCCCCACCGAGUCGGGCGGUGCCUGCCGUCAAACGCCAGCGUGUCAUGGUCCCCGUCCCCCGCAGAAGCAAAAGCAGCUUCCCCGUCAAGAGUGGCCCACGGACAACCUCCGCUCCUGCCCCGACAUCUGGGACAAAAUUGAAAGCCGAUGACCUACAGACAAUAAAGAAGGAGCUCACCCAGAUAAAGUAUCGUAUCGACGGCUUGCUAGACAGCUUGGAGAGGAUGGAGAAGCAGCGCAAAGCUCCGACUGAGCCGAAGGCAGAGGUCACCGCGACGCCAAAGCGCAACUCAGGCGAGGAGGUGGCGGACAACGCGGACGACGCAACAGCAGACGAGCAGACGGAGGGGGAGACGCUGGAUGGCGGAGAGCUGGAAGGGGAUGAGAUCCUCGAGGAGGGCGAGGGAGUGGAGGAUGACUUUGACGAGGAAGGCACGGAUGAGCUGAUGAAUAACCAUACUCCGGAUACACCCGACACACAAUAGAAACAGACCUUGUGAGCAGCAGGGUUCAGUGAAUAGCUGAUGACAGAGAAACCAGACGACAGACAAGAUAAGUGAAGAGGCAGCUGUAGCUUUCAUCGACUCCACUCAACAAGACACAGUUCAGGGAUCCUCUGGACAGUUUGAUGUCUAAUCACCUAUGGCUUCGGUGUGUGCACUGCCUUUUUCUGACAACUGUCACCUCCUUCCUCGGAUCUCGACUGUGUGUGGGAGCACUGACAUCCCACUUGUAUUAUAGCUGUAAAUUUUUUUCCCGUUCCUUGUGGGUUUUUUCCAAUAACAGUUGUUCUCAGUUUGUAAGAUACUGGGGACAUUUUCAAAUGUUGGUAUGAAGAGAGAAUGUAACGCUUUACAAAAAAAAAGUUUUUAACUGUCUUGUUUUUUUUCCUUCGAGCAACAUCUCCUCCUCCAUGUGUUCAGAGCUGAUGUACGAGACGAGAAAGUCAUUGAUAUCACACGAGCCCAUAAUCUAGUCUGCAAUGCAGGUGUAGUACUGAGGGAGCGCUGCAUUGUUGAAGGUGCUGUUUUUUUUCCAGAUUAGAUGGUAAACCGAAAGUCUGGCUGCCCAGUCAGUGGGAAACAUGAAAGAUCCUGAAGAAGAAUUGGGUUGGGUGUGGGAGGGAGGCUGCCUGAGCUUCCUGGUCAACGUUUAACCCUCAGCUGAUCUCAUUCAACAGAGACACAGGAGACUGCAGAUGCUGGAAUCUGGAGCAACGCCCAAUCUGCAGGAGGAACUCAGCGGGUUGAGCAGCGGCUGUGGAGGGGGAAGGAAUUGUCGACGUUUUGGGUCGGAACCCUGCGACGUGAACAAUUUCUUUCCCCUGCCCCCCACAGAUGCUGCUCGACCUGCCGCGUUCCACCAGCAGAUUGUUUGUUCCUUCAAUCUGACCAUUUAUCUCACUGCUGUUUAUGGGAUCUUGCUGUGCGCAAUCGGUUGCCCCCAUUUCUUGCAUUACAGGUAUACUUUCGAAUACACUUCAUUGGCUGUAAAGACAUCAGGCAUCCCAAAGGCCAUAAAAGACACUAUUUAAAUGCAGAGAAACAAAGGACUGCAGAUGCCGGAUUAUCUCGAUGAAAAACACGAUGAAGCUGGAGGAA